UCUCACUGAAUAUAAAUACUUUUGCAAUAGGGAUUAGGCAGAUAUGUCAGCACCGUCACAUACCUAGAUUUUAGAUUAUGGCCUUUGAGAGAGAGGCAUUAUUUGAUACAACAAACUUGUUCAGAUUUCUGCUAAUAGGUAAUUCCAAGUGAUUUCAACAAAAUUCUGGGGAGGACUACUACUUUCUGAAUCUGGAUUUUCCACCUCUGCUCCGACCAGAUACUGAUCAAAGCUUGCACCUUGUCACUGGUACACAAUUUUGACAGGUUUUUUUUUUCCAUUUCAAAACGUUCUUGCUCUCUAGCUGUUCCUCAAUGUCUUUCUGUUCCCGGUAUUUAAAAAUAGCUCUUGUGGUCUCCUUGGCGAUUCUCGCAAAUAUUGUGAUUGACUAAUCCGCAAUGUUCAGUGCUAUAAGCUCCACCCCAGUAGUUUGCAGACCUUAGAAUAGUAAUACCUCACACACAGGGGUGACAAGGGGGGAUAAGAACCAUGUCCCAGGAACCAAAAUUGACCUUUAGUUCUGCAAAAUGUUCCUCCAUCCAUCCAUUAUCUAUACCCGCUUAUUCUUGGGCAGGGUUACGGGGGGUGCUAGAUCCUAUCCCAGCAUGCAUUAGGCUUGAGGCAGGAAUACACCCUGGACAGGUCACCAAUCUAUUGCAGGGCCCCCACGCCAUUCAUUCAAACACUCAUGUCUAUAGGCAUUUUAGAGUCUCCAGUUAGCCUAACUACAUGUCUUUGGACUGUGGGAGGAAACUCACACAAACACAGGGAGAAAAUUCAAACUCCACACAGAAAGGCCCGGAUUCAAACCCAGUACCUUCUUGGUGUGAGGUGACAGUGCUGCCCACUGCACGACGAUGCCACCCACAAAAAGUUACUGAGUUCUGGGAAAGGUUCCUGAGUUGGGAUAGGUUCUGAUUAUUGCCUUCAACAUUCACCUGGGGAGAAACAAGUUGUGGUUUGGUAUCUUCUUUCAUUCAUUUCUGUCCUGACUUUAGCUUGUCUUUGUCUAUUCAUUGUUUAAGGCAGUUAAACCUUGGUCUUUCGAUUAAAUGUUGACUACUUUGUGUAACUCAAUAAAUCUCUUUGCUUUAAUCUGGUUGUGAGUUAUAGCCCACAUUUGUAUAAAUGUUGAUCCAACUGGUUGCUCUAUCUAUCAGUGAACUUGGUAAUUUCAUUUACAAUUGAUAUAGCCUAGUUGAUAAUAAUUAACAAAUUAAAUCAAAUAUAUCUGUGUUAUAUGUUGGAUAUGUGUGGAGUUUGAACUGCUGAGUUGUGAUCUGCAUUCACAGUGCUUAAUAUUAAAACAGGGUGUUAGCUGCAAAAACUGCUGGAUUCGGAAAUUGUCCAGUGACAGUCCCAGACCGGUAUCCGCCUCUCCCUUUCUCCCUUGCGGGCGGACUUUGGGAUAUCAUUGCCGUGGAAAUAUUUUUGCACUCACAGCACUGCUAUGAAAAAAUCAAACAGCUGGACUUCCUGGUCGACGGGAACUGAAUGUUUAGAGUAACCCUGGGGUGCAUUAAUAAAACUUUGCUGGAACGGUCUCGGAAUUAACCGGGAGUUUGUGUUCAAAUUGUCAACGAAUUCAGAACCAAGGGACGAAGGUGAGGUGAAUCUGCACAGUUAACACCGCCACAACAAUAUCAGAUGAUACAGGGUCGUAAGAGAAAUCAAAGUAUAUAGUUUAUACACGACCGAAGUUAUAGUAGAAUGAUCAUAAACAAGUCGGACAAUAGUGGAGUUUUGUCGUGUCCUAACUCCAGGGAAAACCAUAAAGAAUUUCCAGCUAUCUGCUUAUCCAAGUCAGCGGUCCACACCUGCAAACGUUGUAGAAUGUAUGUUCUGGGCACUGAAGAGUUGAAGUCAGCCGAACACAUCCUAAGAGGAUCAUUCCCGGAAUCAUUGAAGGUGUAUGGCUGUCUGUAUAAUAUCAACAGAGGAAAACCAUAUAACUGGGAAGUAAUUGCUGAUUCCUGGCCAGACUUUAGGGCAAUCAUCUGUAAGCCAACACCGCAGUCAAGGCAGGAUUAUCAGGACCGAGAGGGGGAUUUAAACAUGUGCCACAUCUACGCCAAGGACAAGGAGAGCUUGCAAAAACUACUUGGCACCAGUGGCCUUCUUGAAUGGAGCCAGUUCACAUUAUUGGCAGGGGUUGACAGCAAACAUCUGGAUGCAGUGAAGGAACUUGCAGCUCGGAAAAACACACCAACAAAGAUGGGGGUGGGCAUGUUUCUGAUGACACUUGAGGAUGCCAGCCAUCUCAAGGACCCAGAAAGCGAUUUAGCAAGCAGGCUAAAGCCGCUCACCACAGCCCAUGCUGAGCUGGUCAACAGCAAAUGGAAGCAUGGGUCCAGCAAGAGCAGCUACAACUCUAUAGUGAGCUUCAUCUCUAACUACCCCAGUUUGUGCGUGACCGCGGAGGACGGCACACCAGUGUCCUGGCUGCUCCUGAGUCACUACUGCACCCUCUGCCUGCUCUACACCUCACCUGAGCACAGGCGUAAGGGCCACGCCCGGCUGCUGGUCACCACCAUGGCCAGGGCACUGCUGGAGCAGGGCCGUCCAGUCUAUACUAUUGUGGAAGAGGGCAACGACCCGUCCUACAGCCUCUUCACGUCUCUGGGCUUCAGUCACAAGCCAGACUUUUGUCCAGUUUGGUUCCAGCUCAACCCCAGAUGAAUGUCCCAGGAGCAAGUGCCGAUCUCAGACCCUGUUUUUUCAUUCCUGGUGCAAUUUAUUGGUUUUUUUCUUGUAAGUGUACCUACAUUUUGCCAGUUUCGCCUCACUGAAAUAUAAAUACUUUUGCAAUAGGGGUUUGGCAGGUAUAGUAGCACUGUCACAUACCUAGUUUUUAGAUUUCCGCCUUUGAGGGGGAGGCAUUAACUGAUAUGGCAAACUUGUUCAUUCUAAUUAACAAAUGAAUUAAUAAAUACAUUUUAAAUGUUGUUUAGUUGAGGAGUUGUAACUGUUUACGACACUUGUGUUCUGUAUUCUGAGUUCCGAACAUUAAACCAGGGUGUUAGCUGUUAAAACUGUUGGAUUCUGAAAUAGUUUUAAACAGAUUCUCACCUCCCACUUCUCACAUACAAUUGCAAACUCUGACAGACAUAAACAAUUAAACAAUAUUAAAUGU